AUGAACGGGACGGGCAAGUCGGCUGCCCUCGCGCUGGCCUUGCUCGCCCGGGUCGACGCAGCCAAUCCCGCCACCCAGUGCGUGUGUAUAUGCCCAGUGAGGGAAAUAGCUUAUGGCCUGUGCAGCCUCAUGCGCGCUCUGGGCAAGUUCACAGCCACCACAUUCCUCCUCGUUGUGCCCGGCAUGGCCAAGCCCGAGGGAGGACCCCACCACAUCGUCAUCGGCACGGCCGGCCGGAUAGCCGACAUGGCCCGCAAGCGGCUGCUCGACCUGCGCCAGGUCCGCCUAUUCGCGGCCGACGAGGCCGACCGUUUGCUCGAGGAGCCACGUAAUGACCUGAGGCUCGUUCAGCGGAUGCUCCCGCGCGACUGCCGGGCCGUGUGGGUCGCGGGGACGAAGGUGCAGGUCGAGCUGGUGCCCCAGCCGCGGACGGUCGUGAGCAUGCAGCGGAACCGAUUGGCCCUGACCGGGCGCCAGUUCUACAUUUCGGUCACCGACACUGACGAGUGCAGGCUCGCGGCCCUCGCCGCGCUCUACGCGCGCGUGGUGGUGCCCCGCAGCCUGGUCUUCUGCAGCUCCGACGAUGUGGCCGACCGCCUGGUGCGGGCGCUGAGCGCGGCCGGACACGCCGUGGGGCAGCUGCGCAGCGACGCGGCGAGCGAGGAGUGCCACGCCACCACCCUCGACGUGUUCACGUCCGGCAAAACGCGCGUGCUCAUCGCAACGCAGCUGCUGGAAGGCGAAGGCGGCAUGGCGGAGGCGAUGCUGGUCGUCAACUUCGACGUGCCGCAAGCCGAGCUGCGCAGUGGGCGGGCCUACGCCUCGGCGCAGCACUACAUACGCCGCCCGGGCGUCUUCGGCCGUCCGGGGCUGGCGCUCCACUUUGUCCCCGCCUACUCCACCUCCGGAGAGCUUUGGCAGCGAUCCGGAUUCGACCCACCGCUUCAGGAGCUCUCUCUGGACGCCCUGCCGCACCUGGCCCACAGGCUGCUCAACAGAUUGUCGUAA